UUGGCGUUCAUUACAAGUCCACUGUCCUUAUACUCUCUCUCUCUCUCUCUCUCUCUCUCUCUCUCUCUCUGUGUCUUGUUUAUUAGUACUAGCUUUUGACAGUAGCAGUAGUACUUGUUAAGUGGAGUAUCGAAGAAGCCUGUCUUCGGGGUUGAGAGUGAGAGAUCCGGUAGCUAGGGCUUUGUCGAAUAUGGCGACCAUGGUGAGCUUGAUUGGUUUGGUAAACCGCAUCCAGAGGGCGUGUACUGCGCUCGGAGACCACGGCGGCGGCGGCGACAUCGCCUUCUCCUCUCUCUGGGAUGCUCUUCCCUCCGUUGCCGUCGUUGGUGGACAGAGUUCUGGAAAAUCUUCAGUAUUGGAGAGCAUAGUAGGGAGAGAUUUUCUUCCUCGAGGAUCUGGGAUUGUCACAAGGAGGCCUCUGGUGCUGCAACUUUACAAGAUCGAUGAGGGUCAGCCGGAGUAUGCAGAGUUUUCUCAUCUCCCUCAAAGAAGGUUCACUGAUUUUGCUAUGGUUCGCGCGGAAAUUCAGGAUGAAACUGAUAGGGUGACGGGAAAAACAAAGCAGAUUUCUCCUAUUCCAAUCCAUCUUAGCAUACACUCUCCAAAUGUUGUCAACUUGACCUUAAUUGAUUUGCCUGGCUUGACAAAAGUUGCCGUUGAGGGACAACCUGAAAGUAUUGUUCAAGAGAUUGAAAACAUGGUUCGAUCUUAUAUUGAUAAGCCUAACUGUAUCAUACUAGCAAUAUCUCCAGCCAAUCAAGACAUAGCGACAUCUGAUGCUAUCAAAAUCUCUAGGGAGGUGGAUCCGACUGGUGAUCGAACGUUUGGGGUUCUGACAAAGUUAGAUCUGAUGGAUAAAGGAACUAAUGCAUUGGAUGUUCUUGAAGGGAGAUCUUAUCGGCUACUACAUCCCUGGGUCGGUAUUGUUAAUCGGUCACAAGCUGAUAUCAAUAAAAAUGUUGAUAUGGUUCUUGCAAGACGGAAGGAGCGAGAAUACUUCGCUACAAGUCCCGACUAUGGACACUUAUCCAGUAAAAUGGGUUCGGAGUACCUGGCAAAACUUCUUUCCAAGCACUUGGAGUCUGUGAUCAGAUCAAGAAUACCGAGUAUCACAUCUUUGAUUAACAAAAGCAUUGAUGAACUUGAAUCAGAGAUGGAACACCUCGGUAGGCCUAUUGCUGUUGACGAAGGGGCUCUACUCUACACCCUCCUUGAACUGUGUCGUGCCUUUGACAAGAUAUUUAAGGAGCACCUGGAUGGAGGUCGACCUGGAGGUGAUAGGAUUUAUGGAAUAUUUGACCAUCAGCUUCCCGCGGCCUUAACGAAGCUUCCAUUUGACCGACAUCUUUCCCAACAGAAUGUUAGGAGGAUCAUUUCAGAGGCAGAUGGUUACCAACCACACUUGAUCGCACCCGAGCAAGGUUAUCGUCGACUUAUUGAGGGGGCAUUAAAUUAUUUUAGGGGCCCAGCUGAAGCUUCAGUUGAUGCUGUUCACUUUGUUUUAAAGGAACUUGUGAGAAAGUCAAUUGGAGAAACACAGGAGCUGAAGCGGUUUCCUUCUCUGCAAGCUGAAAUAGCCGCUGCUGCCGGUGAAGCCUUGGAAAGGUUUCGUGAGGACAGUAGAAAGACAGUCACAAGAUUGGUGGACAUGGAGUCUUCAUAUCUGACUGUAGAUUUCUUCAGGCAACUGCCGCAGGAGGUGGAGAAAGGGGGAAACCCUGCUGCUGCCUCAACUGUAGAUCGCUAUACAGAAGGGCACUUCAGGAGGAUAGGGUCAAAUGUAUCCUCCUAUGUGGGCAUGGUGUCGGAGACACUCAAGACCACUAUUCCCAAGGCAGUGGUCUAUUGUCAGGUCAGGCAGGCCAAACAGUCGUUACUCAAUCACUUCUACGCACAAAUUGGCAAGAAAGAGGGUAAACAGCUUGCACUAUUGUUAGAUGAAGAUCCAGCAUUGAUGGAAAGGAGGCAACAAUGUGCGAAAAGGCUUGAAUUGUACAAGGCGGCAAGGGAUGUGAUUGAUUCCGUAUCAUGGGUACGAUCAGAUUAACCAACAGUUGGAGAGAGCUUUGUUUGCUACAACAACAUAUACUUGUUAGCCUCUUCCUCCUGUUGGAUGGAGAUUCGGAUUUUGGUUGUCUGCUGUGUGAUGACUCCAUUGCACGUGUGUUAUAUAUCUGUAAAUUUUGCAAACGUUGUAAUUGUUGAACAUAUAUUAUUUGUUAGUUUAUAUGAAAGUUGUAAAUGUCUCAUUCUACUAA